GUGCUGCACUCCGCGGCGGCAAGAUGGCGGCCCAACCGCAGGAUCGAGAGGGUGGUGCGCAGCUGGCAGGGCCCGCGGCGGAGGCCGACCCCCUGGGCCGCUUCACGUGUCCCGUGUGCCUAGAGGUGUACGAGAAGCCGGUGCAGGUGCCCUGCGGACACGUCUUUUGCUCUGCAUGCCUGCAGGAAUGUCUGAAGCCGAAGAAGCCUGUCUGUGGGGUGUGUCGCAGCACUCUGGCCCCUGGUGUCCGAGCCGUGGAGCUCGAGCGGCAGAUUGAGAGCACAGAGACUUCUUGCCAUGGCUGCCGUAAAAAUUUUUUCCUAUCCAAGAUCCGGGCACACGUGGCUACCUGUUCCAAAUACCAGAAUUACAUCAUGGAAGGUGUGAAGGCCACCACCAAGGAUGCGUCCCUUCAGCCAAGGAAUGUCCCAAACCGUUAUACUUUUCCUUGUCCUUACUGUCCUGAGAAGAAUUUUGAUCAAGAAGGGCUUGUGGAACACUGCAAAUUAGUCCAUAGCACGGACACCAAAUCUGUGGUUUGUCCAAUAUGUGCCUCGAUGCCGUGGGGAGACCCCAACUACCGGAGCGCCAACUUCAUAGAACACAUCCAGCGUCGGCACCAGUUUUCCUACGACACUUUCGUGGAUUACGACGUUGACGAAGAGGACAUGAUGAACCAAGUGCUGCAACGCUCCCUCCUUGACCAGUGAGCAGGCGCGGGCUCCAGAGCUUCCACUGUGUGUCCGCGUGAAACAUGUGACUCUUCCACCUAAAAUGUCCCACAGACCUGGAAGUGAGCCUUGGUGUUGGGACGGGGUCACUUCUGACAGGGGAACAGGUC